AUGAUCCUUCCACGAAUACAUUCCCUUCUCCGUACAUCCAUCCUUCGCCGUACGCUGACUCAGCCAACAAGAUCAAGGAUAUUUUCUGCAAAUUAUGCAAAUGCAUUGUCAAGAUUCAAGCGUUCGCCGGCUGAAGAAGAAUUGGUAACGACACAUAGGACGAAGUCGGAUACUCCUGGGUCACCGUCAGAUCCGACAUCACUCCGUGGGAGUGAAGCCAUGACGUCCUCUAUAGCGAUGGAUUAUGAAGUUGGGGAGUUUUUGGACAAGGUGAAAAAGGAAAGCGAAGGAACAGAAACCCGCGGCUAUACUGUAAACUUUGGGCCGCAACAUCCGGCAGCGCAUGGUGUUUUGCGAAUGAUACUCGAGCUUCGUGGCGAACAAAUAGUUCGAGCAGAUCCGCACAUUGGACUUCUUCAUCGCGGAACGGAAAAACUCAUCGAAUACAAAACUUACAUCCAAGCUCUUCCGUAUUUUGAUCGGUUGGACUAUGUCUCGAUGAUGGCUAAUGAACAGUGUUAUUCAUUGGCGGUGGAAAAAUUGUUGAACGUCGAAAUACCAGAACGGGCGAAGUUUAUUAGGACGAUGUUUGCAGAAAUUACCAGGAUUAUGAAUCACAUUAUGGCGGUUAUGACUCAUGCGAUGGACAUUGGGGCUCUGACACCGUUUUUAUGGAUGUUCGAGGAGAGAGAGAAGCUAAUGGAAUACUAUGAACGCGUUUCAGGAGCCAGAAUGCAUGCAGCAUAUGUACGCCCUGGUGGCGUUGCACAAGAUCUUCCACUAGGUUUACUCGAUGAUAUUUAUCAAUGGUCAACCCAAUUCGCCACACGCAUAGACGAAGUCGAAGAACUUCUAACCGCCAAUCGCAUCUGGAAAGAACGCACGAUCGAUGUUGGUGUCGUAACAGCACAACAAGCGCUAAACUAUUCCUUUUCGGGUGUAAUGCUUCGUGGAUCAGGCAUUAAAUGGGACCUUCGUAAGAUGCAACCGUAUGAUGCGUAUGAUCAAGUCGAGUUUGACGUUCCUAUUGGAACGAAAGGUGAUUGUUAUGAUAGGUAUUUGUGUAGAAUGGAGGAGAUGCGGCAAAGUUUGAGGAUUGUACACCAAUGCUUGAAUAAGAUGCCUUCGGGAGCGAUAAAGGUUGAUGAUUGGAAGAUUACACCGCCAAAUAGGGCAUCCAUGAAGGAAAACAUGGAGGCGUUAAUACACCAUUUUAAGUUGUAUUCGGAAGGGUUUUCUGUGCCACCUGGUGAAACUUACACUGCGAUCGAGGCUCCGAAAGGAGAAUUUGGUGUUUACCUGGUAUCUGACGGCACCAAUCGACCGUACCGUUGUAAAAUCCGGGCGCCUGGAUUUCCUCACCUUGCAGGAUCCGACUUUAUGGCACGUGGACAUUUUAUACCAGACAUUGUUACAGUGAUUGGCACGAUGGAUAUAGUGUUUGGCGAGAUUGAUCGAUAA